UUUCAGCCGUCACAUUGCAAAACAUUGGAAGUUUUAUUUUACCCAAACUUGCAGUCGGUGAAAAAUCUACUUAACACAAUGAAUUUGUUAAUGAAAAUAUCUUUCCUCACGUCUGUAUGGCUUGUCUGCACCAUCAGCUAUGUACAGGCGAAUUCACUCGAGUACGAUGGUUGGUUAAACAUAGCUCUUUUCCAUGCACUGGACAUCGACGAACCAAGCAAAUUUACCCUACGGGGUAACGUUACCGUCACUAACCGUAACACCGGAUUGGUCUCAGUGACACAGGAACCGCUCUCACUGCAGGAUAGAAACAAAUUGAAACGAUUAGCACAGGAGAACCGGCUCUACCGCCUAGAGGCACAUGUUACCGAUUCUGAUGGUGUUACUAAAUUUCUUACCUCAUCCAAAGCGUGCGCUUUGGCAAAAUCACAGCUCACCGAUGUGCUGUGGGUUUCGUUGGAUCAUUCCGGGACGGUUACCGCAGUCACGCAAUCGGUAAACAAUGGCAAUAUGGAUGAAUGUCGUGAUCUGUCGAACACCGACGUUGACGUGCUGGACGAAUUCAACACAGAUGUGUACGUGAAGCAUACCGAAUCGGCACCAAUUCCUGAUACGGCCAGCUUCAUACAGAAGAUGGAACGAGAACGUGAAGCACGAGAGCGCGGUGAAACUAAGGACAACCGUAGUUUCUUUGCAAAAUAUUGGAUGUACCUCGUGCCGGUUGUGAUUCUACUCCUGAUCUCCGCUACCAAUCCCGAAGCAGGACAACGCUAACAUGGGAGGGGGGAUUCAGCAAUUUCUUUCUUAAUUUAUGCUGCAUUUCAGUCACAACCAAAUAUAAAACAAGCAUUCAUAUGCGCUCCCACUAUCUAUGC